AGCUUGGCUCAUAUUUUUCGAAUUCAUUCCGUUUCGUGCCAUGCCAGGCGGCAGAUCGCGCUGCUCCUCAGUUCUCGGUCCCGGGCGAUAAUUAACCAGAUAUAUAUAUACAUUUACGCAUAUAUAUAUAAUUACGCGCGUUAAUGCUCAACAGUUAAUUACGGGGGUGUGUGAGUGUUGUGUUGUGCUUGUGUGUGUGUUGAGUGUGUGUCUGUGUGUGUGAUGCACCUCUUAUCAGUCGGCGCUUUUGACAUUGCGAUAAUCAGUUACUUUUCAAAAUUUCGUGCGUUCGAACAGAAUAUUUUUUGUGGCUUACAUGGCCUCGUUGUACCCCUCGCUCUACCCCUCAUUUUACCUUUCAACUGCGGUGAUAAGCCGCAACAAAACAACAAUAGCAAUAAAACAGCAAGAGCCAUAGAAUUUGAUAUACUUUUCAGUGAGAACUACAUACUAAAUACUUAGUUGGCGACUAGGGGCUAGUACGAAAGAAUCGCGAACUUGGUGGAAUGAGAGAGGAGCCAAUAAGUAGACGGCUAGGCCAACACUCAUACACCUAAAGAAAAUAUCAGCUGCUCGCCAGCAGUCUACACCUGCUAGCUUACUUAAAUUAAAGUAAAAAGAGACAUUACAAAAAGCAGAACUUUGAACGAUUAAAAAUGCGUCUCAAUUUUUUCAAAACAAAGAAAAAGAGAGGAGCCCACGAGAUGUGCGAGAUGUAUACAAGUGCUCAUGAAUUUGCAUCCGAGGCAAGGAGCUUUGAGUGCAUUUGGCACGCGCUGCUCCACAAGUUCAUAGGGCAUAUUUGUUCAGAUAGAAAAUAGAACAGCUAAUCAUAUUUAAAUAUUUUUUACAAAAUGAAUUAUGAUUAAGAAAAGUAAAGUUCUAUUAAAUGGAAAACUAAUUAAAAAUAAAUAGUUUUUACUGUUUAAUAUCUUCUCGACUAUCUAGAGUAUCUAUAUGCUCUUCAUACUCUGUGUAGGGCAAUCGACUGUCCCCCCUUUUAGCCCCAACAAGCAUUUGUGCGGUGGAGAGCAGCAGAUUAUGUCUGUGCAUCUCAGUCUUCCCUCUUCUCAGUUUCAGUUUCAUUUCGCUCUCAGAGGGGGCCACAAAACAAAAACAAAAUAGAAAAAGAAAAAUAAAUAACAACAAAACAUUGUUUAUGUUCUCUCGCGCUCCUCCCGCGUCUUACAUGGUGGAGGGGGGGACCGGACCAUGUGUGUUGGUGGGACUAUUCUCGUUUUUGGUGGCAUGGUCUGAUUAGCAACAGGCAACCCCGUUCGGCUUUUUAUUAAAUGGGUUGCCGUUAGCGCCCAGCGCCCAGCCCCCAACUACCCCUGCCCCUCUAGCCAAAAGCGAAUGAACUCACAGACACUCACGCAGGCACUCAGUCAAGAGCGAAAUUAAAAUUCAAAUGAGCGCCAACACGCAGACACACACACACGCGAAGAAAAUAUUAUUUAUUCUAAUUGUUGACGCGCCUUAAAAAUUAAAUAAAAAAGCAGGCCUAAGACGGAAAGAACUAAUUGAAUGGGACUAAAAUGUUUGAGCGUACAACUUGAAGCCUCAGAGACAGAAGUGAAAUAUAAUCUGGUUGAGCCCCAAAGAUCAAAAGUGCCAGGAAAGUGAUUAAAAUAACAGUAAAGUCCACCCCCACGAACAACCAUGUCCAGUUGGAGUUUGGCCAGUGCCGUGUCGCCAAAUGUGACAAACAGUGGCAGUGAUGUAAUCCGGCUGAACAACCUCAAGUCCAGCUCUGAGACCAAUCUUCCCUCCAGGGGAUCAGUCUCGGGACUACCCCGCCCAACGACUCCCGUUCCGGGUAGAAAACUGGCCUCCAAGCGACCCCCACACUUGACCUUGAACAUUGGGGCCAGCAAGUCCCAACACAAAUCGGCGCCAUUGGCCGAAACCGAAAACACAGUCCUAUCGGCCACUUCCUCCAUUUACGAGACUCCCUUGAGCGCCACACCGGCCUCAGUGACGGCCACCAGCUCACCUGCCAGGGCCAGCCAGAACAGCCAGGAUAGCCACAAGAGCCAGGGUAGCCAUAGGAGCCAGCAGAGCUCCCACAGCACCACCAGUGGUGGGUCAGUCUUCCCGCACGAACAGUACAAAGCCAUCAAGAAGAUCAACAUAGGAUUCGAGAAUAUCCGCCAUACCACCAAGUUUGGAAUUUUGAAAAGAGAAACAAAAGAUGUGCUCAAGGGCCUGACUGGCUACUUCAAGUCGGGAGAAUUAAGUGCUAUAGUUGGACCCUCAGGUGCUGGCAAGAGCACCCUUCUUAAUAUUCUCUCAGGAUAUACAACCUAUGGCUACACCGGCGACUUUCACGUCAACGGUAAUCGCCGGGACUUAAAGGCUUUCAAGCCAAAUGUGGCCUUCAUCCGCCAGGAUACAAGCCUGCAGGCCUUACUUACCGUCAAGGAGGCAAUGCACUUUGCCGCCAAUCUUAAGAUAGGCACCUACAUGACACUGCCCGAGAAGCGGGAACGGGUGACGAGCAUCCUGGAGGCCAUCGGGAUGUACGAGAACCGCCACACCAUGACUGGGCAGCUGAGCGGGGGACAGAAGAAGCGCUUGGCCAUUGCCCUGGAGCUGGUCAACAAUCCUCCUGUGCUAAUCUUGGACGAGCCAACAACGGGCUUGGAUAGUUCUACUUCCAACCAAUUGAUAAAUCUUCUCAAGAAGCUCGCUGAAGAGGGCCGGACAGUUAUCUGUACAAUCCACCAGCCGAGUGCCUUGACCUUCGCCAUGUUCGACCACCUGUACGCCAUAGGAGAAGGUCAGUGCAUCUACGCGGGAGGCUCUCAAAAUCUGUUGCCCUUCCUGGCCGCCCUCAACAUGCACUGCCCUGAGUCUUACAAUCCAGCGGAUUACUUAAUGGAGAUUGCUACCCAUGAUUAUGAUACGCCUGACGAGAACCAGUUGGAGAAACUAGUGGCUUUGAUGGACAACGGCCGCAAUGAGGAUUACAGACAGAACAAGACUGCCCGAGUAGCUCAACUGGCAGCCAUGAAGAAAAUUGAUCAACUCAUGGCAGCUGGUAUAAUUACACCCGUAACUGCACCCGUAAUGACCACCUCGAUACCUGCCCAUUUCCUACAGUCCGGAGGCUUCAAGCCCCUGACGCCUAUCAACGAGUUAUCCUCCCGGUUGUGGGACAGUCAGGCGGGGGGCAUCGGAAGCGGCGAUGUGGGUGGAAAGUCCUGUUGCAAGCCAAAGAAAAAGAAGAAGCCCAGACCAGCUCUGGACCUGGAUCCAGCUGCUCUGUGUAAACGGGAAAACAUAUACGCCACGCCCUUCUAUCGCCAGCUGGGUAUCCUGCUGCUGAGGACCUUCCUGCUGAUUUGGCGCGACAGCUCACUGACCACCAUGCGAUUCGCAAUUCACCUUGUUACCGGGCUGCUAAUUGGAACUCUCUACUUUGGAAUCGGCAACGAUGGCGCCCAGACACUGAACAUCUUUCGGUACCUCUUCUACACGAUCAUGUUCAUAAUGUACUGUGCCUUUUCGGGGAUCCUCGUCAAGUUUCCCUUGGAGUUCCCGAUUGUGUCGCGGGAACACUUUAAUCGCUGGUACUCUCUACGGGCCUACUACGUGGCCAUCACAUUGGCCGACCUGCCCAUCCAGAUCAUUUGCAGCGCCCUGUUCAUAGUGCCCACAUAUCUGUUGACCCAGCAGCCCCUGGAACUUUGGCGCUUCAGCCUAUUCUUCCUCAUCGUGUUCAUAACGGCCUUGGUGUCGCAGAGCAUCGGCCUGGCAGUGGGAGCAGCUCUUAGCCUAAAACUGGGCUCCAUUCUGGGACCCUUCUUCAUCUGUCCUUUCCUGCAGUUCAGCGGAUUCUUCCUCAUGGAAAAGGAUGCUCCGGCUUACAUGCGCUGGAUGUUCGACAUUUCGUUUCUUAAGUACAGUCUGGAGGGAUCCAUGAUGGCUAUUUUUGGCUACGACCGGGAGCGAUUGGAUUGCAAUGAUAUGUACUGUCAUCUGACGAGGCCGACGUACAUUCUCAAAUACCUGGACAUGGAAAGGGGAAGUUACAUCAAGGCCUUCGUGUUUUUGUUCUGCAUUUUCAUCAUGUUACGCAUCCUGGCCUUCUACAUCAUGUCCUUCCGACUACGACUGUUCAGAUGAAACGCGGAGAAGGACUCUGCCGGGCAACAUUCCGCUGCUGACUGUUUGAAAUGUGUUUUAUAUCGAUGGUUUCUUAUUUAAGCAUUUAUCGGAGGGGAAAUUUUGUGCCAAAGAUUAUAGGAAGCAAGCCUUUAGCGCGUAAGACAAUCGUGAUAUAUAACUGAAACAAAGGAUAAUAUAACCCCAUACCAGACACCCAAACACCCAACACACACACAUAGCGGUUAUAGAGAUCAAUAACUGUAAAUAGGACAUUUUUUACUAGCAUAGCACAUAAACAAAUGUAUUUUUUGUAUCGUAUUAAUGAAUGAUUUAUUGAAUAGUUUUAACACAGGUCUGAUUUUCAGGCCUUUGAAUGCAAGAUGACCUUGAAAAGAUUAUUAAACUAUUUUUCCAUGAAA